AUGAGAAUUGAGCUCCUUGAAGCCACUGUCCCCAGAACCAAGCUCUCCUUGAGUUCCUCUCUGAAUGACCACACGGGGUCAUACACCACUGUAUUGGCUGGGAGGGGGGGUGGCGUCACAACAGCGGUGGGGGGGGCAGAGGACAGACCAGACGCAGAUGCACUGACUGGCAGAACCACCGCGGCCACAAGAGAAGCAGGAGGAGGUGUGGCAAUGAGAGCAGUGCUCCCGCGGCUCAUUGACACCACUGUCUCCAACCUGGCUUUCUUGAUGGCCACAGAGGCCGCUGCCGCACCAUGA